AUGGGAAAGGAAAAGACUCAUAUUAAUAUCGUCAUCGUUGGACACAUGGACACCGGCCAUCUGAUCUACAAAUGCAGUGGCAUUGACAAAAUAACCAUUGAAAAAAUUGAGAAGGAGGCUGCUGAGAUGGAUAAGUGUUCCUUCAAGCAUGCCUGGGUCUUGGCCAAGCUGAAAGCUGAGCGUGAACGUGAUAUCACCACUGACAUCUCCCUGCAGAAAUUUGAGAUCAGCAAGUACUAUGUGACCAUCUUUGAUGCCCCUGGACACAGAGACUUCAUCAAAAACAUGAAUACAGGCACAUCUCAGACUGACUGUGCUCUCCUGAUUGUUGCUGCUGGUGUUGGUGAAUUCAAAGCUGGUAUCUCCAAAAACAAGCAGACCUGUGAGCAUGCCCUUCUGGCUUACACACUGGAGCCACCCUACAGCCAGAAGAGAUAUGAGGAAAUUGUUAAGGAAGUCAGCACCUACAUUAAGAAAAUCAGCUACAACCCUGACACCGUAGCUUUUGUGCCAGUUUCUGGUUGGAAUGGUGACAACAUGCUGGAGCCAAGUGCUAACAUGCCUUGGUUCCAAGGAUGGAAGGUCACUUAUAAAGACGGCAAUGUCAGUGGAACCACACUACUUGAAGCUUUGGAUUGCAUCCUCCCACCCACUCACCCAAUUGACAAACCUUUGCGGCUAGCCCUCCAGGAUGUCCAGGGCACUGUCCCUGUGGGCCAAGUGGAGACUGGUGUUCUCAAACCCGGCAUGGUGGUCAUCUUUGUUCCAGUCAAUGUCACAACUGAAGUUAAGUCUGUUGAAAUGCACCAUGAAGCUUUGAGUGAAGCUCUUCUUGGGAACAGUGUGGGCUUCAAUGUCAAGAACAUGUCUGUCAAAGAUGUCCGGUGUGGCAAUGUGGCCGGUGACAGCAAAAAUGACCCACCAAUGGAAGCAGCUGGUUUCACUGCUCAGGUGAUUAUCCUGAACCAUCCCGGCCAGCUCAGUGCUAGCUAUGCCCCUGUACUAGAUUUUCACACAGCUCACAUUGCUUUCAGUUUUGUUGAGCUGAAAGAAAAGAUUGAUCAUUGGUCUGGUAAUAAAUUGGAAGAUGGUCCCAAAUUUUUGAAAUCUGGUGAUGCUGCCAUUGUUGACAUGGUUCCAGGCAAGCCCAUGUGUGUCAAGAGCUUCUCUGACUACCCACCUCUGGGUCGUUUUGUUGUUUGUAAUAUGAGACAGACAGUUGCUGUGGGUGUCCAAGCUGUGGACAAGAAGGCUGCUGGAGCUGGCAAGGUCACCAAGUCUGCCAAGAAAGCUCAGAAGGCUAAAUGGACAUUAUCCUUAACACCUGCCACUCCAGUCUUAAUCAGUGGUGGAAGACUGGUCUGA